CCAGUACUGCUGUGCUUUGCGAAUGCGCAGUACCUCACUCUCGGCUUUGUUUUAAUUGAUGUAAUGAUGGCGCUCAGUAAAACGUUUGGUCAAAAACCUGUGAAAUUCCAGCUGGAAGAAGAUGGAGACUUCUACAUGAUUGGUUCGGAGGUGGGAAACUACCUGCGUAUGUUCAGAGGCUCUCUGUAUAAACGAUACCCAUCGCUAUGGAGGAAGUUGGCAUCUGUAGAAGAACGCAAGAAAAUUGUGGAGUCGUCCCACGAUCAUGGUUACACUCAGCUGGCCACCAGUGUGACUCUCCUGAAAGCUUCAGAGGUGGAGGAGAUAUUGGAAGGAAACGAUGAGAAGUACAAAGCAGUUUCCAUCAGUACCGAGCCACCUGCCUACCUCAGGGAACAGAAGGCAAAAAGAAACAGUCAGUGGGUUCCAACACUGCCCAAUAGUUCUCACCAUCUGGAUGCAGUUCCCUGUUCCACAACCAUCAACCGCAGUCGACUGGGCCGUGACAAGAAGAGGACCUUCCCACUGUGUUUUGAUGACCACGAUCCAGCUGUAAUUCACGAGAAUGCCUCUCAGUCGGAAGUUCUUGUGCCAAUCCGUCUGGACAUGGAGAUUGAGGGACAGAAGCUUAGAGAUGCUUUCACCUGGAAUAUGAACGAAAAACUAAUGACACCUGAGAUGUUUGCUGAGAUUCUUUGCGAUGACCUGGACCUCAAUCCCCUGACCUUUGUUCCUGCCAUCGCCUCUGCCAUCCGACAGCAGAUCGAGUCUUACCCCACAGAUAGUAUCUUAGAGGACCAGACAGACCAGAGGGUCAUCAUCAAGUUGAACAUCCAUGUGGGGAACAUUUCUCUGGUGGACCAGUUUGAGUGGGACAUGUCAGAGAGGGAGAACUCUCCAGAGAAGUUUGCACUCAAGCUCUGUUCAGAGUUAGGUCUGGGUGGAGAGUUUGUUACCACCAUUGCCUACAGCAUCCGCGGUCAGCUGAGCUGGCACCAGAGGACGUAUGCCUUCAGCGAGAAUCCUUUGCCCACGGUGGAAAUAGCCAUUAGAAACACAGGUGACGCUGACCAGUGGUGCCCUCUGUUGGAGACUCUGACAGACGCAGAGAUGGAGAAGAAGAUUAGAGACCAGGACAGAAACACAAGGAGAAUGAGGCGAUUGGCAAACACACCUGCGUGGUAAAUGGGUGACCAGCUUAGGCUGCGUCCAUGUUUUCUUUGGCCCCUCCCUCACCUCCCAUGAAACUGAGGUACUGUGACACGGUUAUACUUCCGAGUCACAGCUGGACGUUUAUCUGUUCCACCAACGUCUCAGGCCUCUGCUGCCACUGUCCUUAUUUCCUGUUAAUAUUCAAUUAUGUUUUUAUUGUUAUUAAUGUUUAGUACUGAUUGGUCACCCUCAAUAUGUGUUUAUUUUUUUCUCUGUGUGGAAAAGCUAUUCUCUCUCUGACCACUGACUGCAGGAGGAAAUGUCUCCACUGACUCAGAGUAGUUAUUGUUCUUUACAUUGUUGUUAUCUUUUGUACCUUUUACUAAUUCUUACAAAAUAAAAAUAACAAAAGCUA